AUGGCGGCGGCAGCGGUAGUAGCAACGCGACAGCCUGAUAUCCAGUACUCGCCCGACUUUCACAAGUAUGAAGCUCGAGUCAAGCGCAGACUUGAAACAGAAAAGACGCUUGCGACCAAGACCCUCCCUGCGGGCUUCCCACGACGAUUGCAGUCAGACUUCGUAUGGGACGGGGCUUCCAUUGCAAAAGAUUUCGAUUGGACAUUUGUGCUGAAGCCUGAGCAUAUCAAGGAAUUGGAACAUGCCCUUGCACAUUUUAAAUCCUUGAAGAAGCCUCUGGGUUACAUUGACCAAGAGACUUUCCCUCUACCAACCCUACACGAGGAGUUACGAGGUGUCUCGCGCGAAUUGCACUUCGGCCACGGAUUCAAAGUCGUCAGGGGUAUUCCUGUUACACGAUACUCUCGAGAGGAGAACCUCAUUCUUUAUGCUGGUCUUUCAUCGCACAUUGCUCCUCUGAGAGCGCGCCAGGACAGCCACUACAAUGGGGAGCCCGCCGAUGUGGUCCUCGGUCACAUCAAAGACCUUAGCGCAAGCACAGAGAGGGCUAGCAUCGGAGCCCCCGCUUACACUGCGGACAAGCAAGUAUUCCACACUGACACUGGCGACAUCGUCUCAUUGUUUUGCCUGAGCCCCGCAGCAGAAGGGGGCAAAAGCAGAUUGGCAAGCACUUGGCGAGUCUACAAUGAACUGGCAGCAAAUAGGCCAGAUCUCAUCGAGACGCUUUCCCAAGACUGGGUUGCCGAUAACUUUGGAAAUCCUGAGCAGCCAUAUAUAUCCAAGCCUCUUCUGUUCUAUCAACCCGCUACGACCCAGACCCCGGAGCGCAUCAUCUUGCAAUAUGCUCGAAGAUAUUUUACGGGCUUCGGUGCCCUGCCCCGGUCUACAGCAAUCCCUCCGAUCACUGAAGCACAAGCUGAAGCUCUAGAUGCAAUUCAUUUUCUGGGAGAACGCUUCAAUGUUGAACUGGAUUUUCAGCAAGGUGACAUCCAGUACGUAAACAAUUUGGCAGUUUUCCACGCUCGCGAUGGGUUCAAGGACACGGAGGAGCAGCAACGCCACCUCGUUCGCCUCUGGCUUCGCGACCCAGAGUUUUGCUGGGAAACACCGAAUGCCUUGCAACCUAAGUGGGCGCAACUGUACCAUGGCGUCACCGCAGACACGCAGGUUUUUCCCUUGGAGCCAUAUGUUCGAAGCGCUAGCAAUGGAUCCCAGAAGGCCACUCAAUAG